GGAAGUUAUGUAUAGAGUAUAGUUAGAUGAGAAGAAAGCAUAAACAACCACAUGCCAAUUUGAAGAAAAACAAUAACAAUGGACUCUAAUUAUACGUGGCAUGAUACCAGAGGACUAUUCGAAAAGAUUCCACCACAAGGGCAUUACAUGUAACAAAAACUCCUUGAUUUCGCUAGUUUAAACAAUAUCCGUUGAAACUAACAGAGUCUCGAUCAAGCUCUCGAAAAUCCCAUUUCAAUGGCUUCCCAAUCACCGGCUUCUCUUGCUUCCCGAAUAUGCUCCGAAAUUGCUUCCAUCUUCUCCAAACCCACGCAACCCUACGCGCCGCCGCUCGAAAUCUUGGUCUCCGAGCUCUCCUCCGUCGCGGAACGUAAGGCUAGGGUGUUUCUUUAUGGCGUCGGCCGUGAGGGCCUAAUGCUCAAAGCCCUCUGUAUGCGCCUCGCUCAUCUCGGCCUCUCCUCGCAUCAAGUUUUUGACAUGAACGCGCCUCCAAUCGCCGGUUCUGACCUACUAAUUGCGUCGGCCGGCCCGGGGGGAUUCUCGACCGUGGAUGCAAUUUGCUCCGUGGCCAGAUCGAAGGGCGGGAGAGUUUUGGUUCUGACGGCCCAGCCAGAGAAUGGGUCGUCUGUGAAGUACGCGGAUGUGAUUUGCUACGUUCCGGCGCAGACCAUGGCGGACGAUGAGGAAUCGGGGGAGGCGGCGGAAUGGCGGCCUCUGCUUCCGAUGGGGAGUUUGUAUGAAGGAGCUUUGUUUGUUUUGUUUGAGAUGGUGGUGUAUCGGAUAGGUGAGGUGUUGGGAGAGAGCCCUGAGGCCGUCCGAUCACGCCACACCAAUCUUGAAUGAAUGGAUGAGAUUCAGUGUGAUCGUGGUUGGAUUUUUGUUUUAAUUUUAAAUAAAGAUUUUGUUUUCUUAUAUACGUAUUAUUGAAUAUAUUUUUGGGAAGACAAAUCUAUCCUUCCAUUCAAAACA